AAGAAAGCCCGGAACACCAACAGCUUAUAGAAAUGAACAGAGGGGGAGCUUUGGGAACAUGAAUCCCACUGUGUUGAGCGUGACCCAGCAUGGCAAUCCCAAAGUGUGCUUGGAGAGCUGGGCCUGAUGAUGGCUCCCGCACAGCCUUGGAAAUCUGUUGCCUUUAGGACAGGAGUCAGAGCCAGCUUAUUGAACCUGACCCCAAGCUGGAGUACAGGGCUUCUCACCCUGCCCAGAGCUCAGGCUGGGAGCUGUCAGCUGCUUCUGUCCACAAUGUUCAAGCAUCUUGAUAAUUCCAUUAGGCGUGACCCAGGGAAAACCUAUAAGCGUGCAAUGGAUGGGGAGGGUGAGUGCUGAUCCCAGGUAAUUGGUGUCUCCUGGAGCAGUCUGCAGAGCCCCGUGGCUGGCCUCAUAUGCCAAGGAUGUAGUCGGUCAGCUCUGAGUGAUAGAAGUCUGCUCUCUGGGCACUGGGAUUGAAUUAGACACCAGCAAGACGGAUGUUAUUGGAUUUAUUAGAUGGCAAGUAGGAGGAAGGCUGAAAGCAGAGGAAGAGAAAUGUCUCCCUGCUGACCUUGGGGCUGGCAUUUUGUUUCUUGCUGUGUAUUGAGGUAGGUGCAGUGCUUAUCUCCUAGGCAGUGUUGGAGCGGUGGGUGCCAACGUUGCCCCCGUAGGGUACUCUGUGUCACUGACCAUCCCAUGAGUGACUCAGCUCUGGUCUGGGACUGGCACAUUCAUCACUGUUUGCAGGAAGACGUGCCAUGGGAGCUGUGCUGCUGAGCCUGGUGGUGGGGAGCUGCUGCCAUCGAUAAUUAACGCUGGACACCUAUUGCCAGAAUGAAUUCACUAAGUGUGUGGUGAGACAGAGUUCCCUUGAUUCUGCAAGUCACUCGGCAUGAUGGAGAUUCAGGUUGGAUAUUAGGGAAAACCUCUUCCCAGAAAGAGUGAUUAGGCACUGGCACAGGCUGCCCAGGGAGGUGGUGGGGUCACCAUCCCUUGGGGAUGUUUAAGAAUAGCGGAGACGUGGCACUGAGGGAUGUGGUUUACUGGCACGGUGAGGGUGGGCUGGUGGUUGGACUUGGGUGUUCCUGGAGGUCUUUUUGAACCUUCGUGAUUCUGUGAUUCUACCCUCCUGCAGCAGCCUCGUGUUGAUAGGGAACCCAACCAUCACUCUCAAUUAGAGAGCAGGCUGGUGGCAGCAUGCUGCCCAUCCAGUGCUCCAUGUCCCGCUCCCUGCAGCCCCACGCAGAGGGAUGGCAGAGGCACAGCCACGUACCUCUGACCAAAGUUGCCUGGGCAGAGGGGAAAGAGGCUGUACAGAAGGUCCACACUGGUGUCUUGGUUUUCUCUCCCCUAAUAUCAAUAAUAUGAUGUUAUCUGAGGACCUGGUGGUGACUCACGUGCAAAAGAGCAGCCCUGAACUACUGAACUCAGCUGCAAGCUCUGUGCUCUAUGGUGCUCCUGCUCUGCUUUGCUCUUGCACUCAGAUCCAUGCCUGCUGGUAGUGCUGAGCAGACUGGAGCGCUGGGCUCUGCAUGCAGGUGGAGCUCGGUGCCCAGCUGGUUUCUGGCCAUCUCACCAGGGAAAUACCAGCUGAGGAUGGAACUGUGGGCAGCUGUGUGCUUUGGGUAGGUCACUUUUGCAGCUCCCAGGGUCCCAUUGCUCUGGUCACCCCACUAUCUGUGCACGGUGCUUUGCACCUCCAGCCCAGAGCAGAGUGUCCACAUAGCAGCACCAUGCUGUGGGUACUGGGGGGAUUUGGGCACUCGGAGGUCUGAGGUUUGGUGCUGAUCAGAAUGAGAUCUUACAAGUGCACCUGCCUUGGAAACGCUGAGCAAUUCUGCCACCAGAGCCACAUGUUUUAUUGGGAAAUUGUUUUGAUAGCAUUGAAGCAGAGUAUUAUAAUUUUUACAUUUUUAUUCAAGUCAAAAUGACUCAUUUAUUUUCUCUGAACACUGUGUUUAUGCACCUGAAAUGUCUGCAAGGGCUUUUUCCUCUGUGCCUGUCUAACCUUGCCCAGCUGGGCGCUGUGAGCAGGCACAGCCCUGGGGGGGCACAAGCACCAGGGUGGCAGGGAAACCUGUGGGCAGCAGUGCAGUGUGGGUGUAUUCGCUGCAGUGGGCAGAGGCUGGUUCCUCUGCCAGCCCUGCUGUUCUGCUUCUUCUGGGAACAGUCUACAGCUCUCUGCCCAUUUUGCUGUGCCCACACGGCAGAUUACAUAUAAUCAUUAGCAGGAGGGCUAUUUCCUCCUUCAGAUACAAUUAGUGGGCAGGGCCCGGAAAAAAUCUUCCUCAAUCUUGUUUCCUGCACAGGAUGCGCUUGAGAUGCCUGGGAGGAGGCAGAGCCCGGGGGCUGCUGGCUGCACAAUGACCCUGGGCUGUGAGCAUCCCAUGGCAGUGCCAGAGGGGGACCCAUGGAGGUGCCCGUGGGUAUGCAGUGGCACUUGAAGGGGUGAGCUCUGGGCAGGGAGAGGAGGAGCUGCAGGCAGGAGGGAGGUGGCAGCAGCUCUGCAGGGCACCUCCAGAUUUACAUCCAGGAAAGCUGGAAUAAAUCAAUGCAAUUAAAGUGCAAAUGAAGCUUUAAGCAAUGCGGCAUCCUAACUACCUGGGAAGCGCAAUGUGUACGCUUUUUGUCUCGCUCACUCCUCUUUUUAUUUAUAGACAGGAUUCAAAUCACUUCAAUAAUUUAAGCUAAUUUUCCAGGUAGAGCUGGGUUCAGGAGGUUCCUGCAGGCAUCAGUGAGGAUGCUGAGUGGCAGCAGCCCGACCCCUGGGGGGGCUCAGUGCUGGGGCUGGGGACACCUGAGGGCUGGUGGCAGGACCUGCAUGGUGCCUCCCCACAUUUAUUAACAGGAAUUCACUGGGAGAAAAGUAUUGGGAAUACUUGUCUAAACAAAUAUUUGCCUCCGAUGUGCUCUUGUGGCUGUCUGACAAACUCAUUUUCUUGUUUAUCCAGCAUGUUUCUCAAGCGGCUUCGGAACGUCAUUUAAAAAUUAUGAAGUGGGACUUCCUAAGUAAUGACUGUUUAAAAAGAUUGUUUAAGAGCCACCUGUUUGUUGUAAUAGUCCUCCGAUGGGAUUUGUACUUCCCCCUCCCAGUAGGACAGUCAUGCAUCACUCAGCGUGGAGACCUCCCUGCUUCCAUAUGGGCAGGACUGUGAGAAGUGGGGAGAACAGUGGCUCUUGCACAGCUCUUGUGGUGCCCAUGCUGGUGUGAGAACUGCUGCCCUCCAAUAACCACAGUCCUUGGAAGGAAUAAAUGCUGAAAGGAGAGAGGAAAAAAAAGAAAAAAAAACCAGCAUUCCCUUUUGAAAGACCUAAUUUAUCUGGAAUUAUCCAUCCUUGGCUGUAAAUCCCCUGUAAAACUUGGCAGUAGCCUCAAAGCAGUUGCAGCAGUGACUAUAUAUUUUUACCUGAAAGCCAAAGGAGGAACGCACAGAAGGAACAAGCGGUGCCUGUGAGGUGCCAUGCUGAGAGAUGGAAUGGAGCGAGACAUGUGCAGCCACAGGCAGCAGGAGCUCAUGGUGUUUGUUACAGGCAUGACCCAGCCCCACCAGGAUCGGUGUGGAGGUGGCUCCCCAUGAAGGUAUAGGGACGCCCACAGUCCAGGACUGGCUCUUCUUCCUUCUCUACCAGCUCGCUUCUCCCUGCUGCCUGAUUUCCUGCAACACUUCUAAGGAUCUGCACGAGGCUUGGGGCCAGGAGCCAGGAAGUCUAUUUCCACAUGGGGCUGGAGACCACGAUGACAAUGGGAACACAGAGCAGGGACCCUGUGUGAGCCCUGACUGCUGGCAGAGGAAGGUUCCUCAGGCCGCUUGGCUGGCUGGGGGCUCAGGACAGAGCCCUGAGGAGCAGGGCUGCCAGCUGACCUGCUGCUCCUCCACGGCCUGCUCCUCAAGUGGGGACGUGGCAGCCCGUGGUGCCCACACUGAUGUCUGCCCUCACCUUGCUGGCAGGCCUGCUCCCCUAGUGCCGGCUUGAGGCUGUCUCACCAUGGUGCUGCCACCACCCGACAAGCGCCACGUCUGCCUGACCACCAUCGUCAUCAUGACCAGCAUGGCCUUCAUGGACGCCUACCUGGUGGAGCAGAACCAGGGCCCCCGCAAAAUUGGGGUCUGCAUCAUCGUGCUGGUAGGGGACAUCUGCUUCCUCAUCGUGCUGCGCUACGUUGCGGUGUGGGUGGGCGCGGAGGUGAAGACGGCCAAGCGGGGCUACGCCAUGAUCCUGUGGUUCCUGUACAUCUUUGUGCUGGAGAUCAAACUGUAUUUCAUCUUUCAGAACUACAAAGCGGACAAGAAGAACCUGGAGACAGUGGCCAGGAAGGCCCUGACGUUACUGCUCUCCAUCUGUGUGCCAGGGCUCUAUCUGGUGCUGGUGGCCUUGGACAGCAUGGAGUACAUACGGACCUUUCGGAAGAAAGAGGACUUGCGGGGACGCCUCUUCUGGGUGGCUCUCGACCUGCUGGACAUCUUGGACAUCCAGGCCAACCUGUGGGAGCCACACAGGACCGGCCUGCCCAUCUGGGCGGAGGGGCUCAUGUUCUUCUACUGCUACAUCCUCCUCCUGAUCCUGCCUUGUGUUUCCCUCAGUGAGAUCAGCAUGCAAGGGGAGCACAUUGCCCCGCAGAAAAUGAUGCUCUACCCCGUCCUCAGUCUGGUCACCAUUAAUAUUGUCACCAUUUUCAUCCGGGCCAUCAAUAUGGUCCUGUUCCAGGACAGCAGGGUGUCCACCAUCUUUAUUGGCAAGAACAUCAUUGCCAUUGCCACCAAGGCGUGCACCUUCCUGGAGUACAAGAGGCAGGUGAAAGAGUUCCCCCAGAAUGCCAUCGCCCUGGAGCUCCAGCAGAACUCCCUCUCCCACAACCAGACCAUCCACAGCACACAGGGCAUCCCCCACGAGCCAUCGCCCACCAGCGAGAUCCUGGACACAUGAUGGGCGGUGGCUCAGGGCCUUGGUUCCGAUACUCCGUGCUGAGCGGAGGAGAGGUGCUGCUGCUCUCUAGCUGUGUAGGAUGAGUGCGAGGGACAAAUCCCAGCAGUGAGGGCUCUUCUAGGCGCAAAACGCCAACCACGUUGUAAUUGAGCUAUGGAGUGUCCCCUAGACGUCUUCAUCUCAGGUAUAACCCUAGGAGUCCUCCGGUCAAACCAAAUGAACUUGUGAAGGACCCAAACCAGCUAAUCUUCUCUCUCCCUCCUGCCAACCUCUCCGCUCCCAAGCAAGGACCACUGAGGUUGCAAUGUCCCUUUCUACUCCUUGAGCACCUCGCCUUGACCCCAAGUCUGGAAUGAAGAUUUUGUUACUGGAGACCUUUUUAUGGCGUGGGGACAGGGCUCUGGGUCUAUGGGCUGGGGGGAGGGUGGGAUGUAACCAGUAAAACCUGUGAUCAUAGAUGUCUCAUAUCCCAGUGGUUGUGUUUACAGUUUGCUAUUUAUAACAUCUCCCUGGGUCCCAUGUCCCUAUGGCAGGUGGCAGUGAGGACAGCCCGGUCCCAGUGCUUCUGGGAGCAAUACGUGCCAAGCUGGAGCCAACCUCAUGCUGGUGUGUUACGGAUUUCAUUCACUUGAAACGACUCAGCACAAUAUUUCUAUUUUUGGAAGGGUCUCUCUGUUUCACUCCUUCCCCAUGGGCCCCUCCCAUGCCAGCACAUGUAGGCACUGAGGAGGAUGGCAGCGAUGCUUUUCACUCUGGCAUCAAGCAUUUGUAAAGAGGGCUGCUUUCCACAGCUACUAUAUUUUUUAAAUAAAAUAUUUCAAAUUAGGAAAAAAAAAAAAAAGAAAUAAAUGCUGGGGAAGGCAGUGGAGAAAUGGGAAUGUCCCCAGGCUGUCCAUUGGACCACUGGGACAUCCCCAGGUCUCCCCUGCCCAAGUGGUGACAAGGGGCUCUGUCCCUGGGUACAGGGUGGGAAAUGAGGGCCAAUGGGACAAUAAAAGCCCAGUGAGAAUGAUGGCUUCUUGUGGUCUUUUUUCUGCCACUGGGGGAAGGGGGAGGGCAGCUUGUAUGUGGCCCAAAUCUCUUGUGUCCUCAUCCCCAAAAGCCAACUAACAUUUGUGCAUUUGAAACGAUGUCCCAAGGGCUUGGGCAGCUCUCAGCUCCUUUGGCUUGGAAUGGGAGAAAAAGGGAAGCAAACACACAGAACUGGGUAUUUUUGCUUUUUCUAAACGAACCAUUUCAUUUGGAGGAGACUGGAAUAAAACGCCUGCUGCUGUUUACUUUUUCCUUCCACAUUUUCUCCUGGCUGUGCUCCUUGAAUUUGACCUAAAUCCACAACUCAUUUUAGCCUCCAUCUUCUCAAUCCAUCAUGAUCUGUCCAAAGCAUUUUGCAUAGCCCCGAUCCAGCUUUCCACAUUUAGGAGCAGCCGGUUGCAUUGCUGUCAAGCUCUCCUCGGGCACCCCAUCGCCUGGGGGUGACCUUGUGGUGGGGGCUUCUCUGCUGGGAAUAAAUCCAUGGAGAAAUAAAGCGGUGUCAUUGCCAACAGCUGUGAGUUUGCAGUAGAUGUAGCUGGCUGGAAAAGUUUCUGCCUCCUUUCCCCCCAGGAGGAAGAGUACAGGUGAUUCAGAAGGCAUUAGCAGAAAUUAAUUAAAUUGCUAAAUUAUUCUGGAAUACCUAUGGAAUUAUAUACUACAUCUCUACUGGUGCCAUUAAAAUACGUGCGAUUAGCAUCUGUACAAUUAACUCCCAAGUAUCUAAUAACAUUCUGUCACUCGGGUAA